UCUUGCUGCAUCAUAUGAUGAAAUUACAUGAAUGUAUGCAAUGAAUGAAUGGAUCCAAUUCAUUGGACAGUUGGUGAUGAAGAUCGCAGUAGGCUGUCAAACAUGGCGCACCUCGUCGGUGAUACCAUGGAAAUGAAUGGAUUUUCGCCUAAGAAGAAAGAUGACCUGGAGUCAAAGGAAAAUUUAUGGUCUGCCAUUUUAAGUGAAGUCCAAAAUACUGGUAAUUCUAAGUUGCCAUCAAACAAAUCUGUACUUGUCUUAGGUGAUAGUGAAUCUGGCAAAACGACUCUGAUUGCUAAACUUCAAGGUGUAGAAGAUCCUAAGAAAGGAUCUGGUUUAGAAUAUGCCUACAUAGAUGUUCGUGAUGAAUAUAGAGAUGAUCACACACGUUUGAGUGUUUGGGUCCUUGAUGGAGAUCCAGCUCAUGGUCAUCUUCUACGUUAUGCACUUUCUGAAGAAAACUUCCCCAACACGCUUGUCAUGCUUGUGGUAGCUAUGACUACUCCGUGGGGUAUACUGGAUCAGUUACAAUCUUGGGCAACAAUAUUACAAGACCAUAUUGACAAACUGAAAUUAAGUUCAGAUGAACUGCAAGAAUUCAAACAGACAAAUAUGAGAAAAUGGCUGGAUUAUGUGGAACCUGGUGAUGAACUGGAUUCUAGUGCUGCUUUGCGACGCACCUCUCGUAAUAUGGAUGAUGAAUUAGGUGAAAUGCCCCUAGGUGAAGGAAUUCUCACAAGGAAUCUUGGUCUUGAUGUGGUUGUUGUUGUAACAAAGACAGACUACAUGUCAACUCUAGAGAAAGAUUUAGAUUACAGGGAUGAACAAUUAGAUUUUAUGCAACAGUGGAUUCGAAGAUUUUGUUUACAAUAUGGGGCAGGAUUAUUCUACACUUCAGUUAAAGAAGAUAAAAAUUGUGAUCUUCUCUAUAAGUAUCUCACACAUCGAAUAUAUGGAUUUCCCUUUCGAACACCUGCUCUUGUUGUGGAGAAAGAUGCUGUACUUAUCCCCUCAGGUUGGGACAACAUGAAGAAAAUAAGUAUUCUUUAUGAGAACAUGCAGUCUAUGAAGCCAGAUGAUUACUACAGAGACAUUAUCACUCAACCAGGAACUCGAAAGACUAUUGCUAGGGAAGUUGAAGUGCAAGCCGAGGAUGAACAAGCAUUUCUCACAAGACAACAGCAAUCCCUUCAAGCGGGCGUGCCAGCUGGAGUUCGCCAAGAGUCGACAAUGCGACCCCCAACAGUUCCCAAGGCAGGAGAUCGUCGUUCGGUAGGGACUCCAAGUGUUCAGGCUCAGCUAGGAUCACCAAAGAAGAUUGAUGGAGCAAAGGGAGCUGCAGGAAGCGGUGAAGGAGUGCUUGCCAACUUCUUUAACUCUUUGCUGUACAAGAAGACUGGAAACUCCAAUCCUACAAGCCCAGCACGACCAGGAGAGCAACCAAAUAAUAUCCCCCCUAUCGAUAAGGUGGCUGUAAGGUCUGAUGCUGCUGCAGAAUUGGAUAGGCUUACACGAAAUAAAAAGCAGUCUAGCUUAGAGCAAGAACCAAACUCUUCUGAAUGCUGAGUACUAUGGGGAGGAGCAGAAAUUAUUUCUGACUGUACUCCUAUUCUUUUCAAAGCCAUUCUUUCAAUAUUGAAAAUAAAAUUGUAUAAAAAACUUUUGUGCAGUAGGUGCAGAAAUUUUGUUUUCAUCUGAAGAAGCUUUGGAAAGAUUAGCAUAAUACAAUACAAUCCACAGCCAGCUUUUGGAUGCUCGUACAAUGUAUUUUAGUUUUGAAAAUUACAAGAUAACUUUUGGUUGAUGUAAAUUAUUUUAUUUCUAUGUGUGCAAAGUGCUAUCUUGUUCUGUCAUCAUCAUGAUUAGAGCAUGUGAUGUUAAAGAGAUGUAAACAAAAUCAAUCUUUGAAACCAUGUUAUUAUCUAUGAUACAAAAAAAAUGAAGAUUCCAUCUGGCUGCACUUAGAAUACUGUAUGCAUAUUCUGUGAUACUGAUGGUUUUGCUUCUGUGUAGGCUCUGGAUGUACAUAAGUAUAGUUUUCCAGAUCUUUAAUAAUACCCAAACAGAGCUUAUCUACAGAAAGCAACUAUUUCAGGUGUUCUGUUAUAAAUUUUUAAGCCCAAACUGUAAUUAUUUCAGUCUUUCUCUUGAGUUUUGAAAGAAUGUUUUGUGAAAACACUUUGUUUCUUGUAAACGUGUGAGCAUUUUUCAUAGCAAUUGAUAUUUAUGUACCAGCUAGGCUUUACUUAAUUUAUGAUUGUAAUCGUUUUAGAAGGCAGUAAUGCACUGACAGCCCCUUAAUUAUUCUUUAACAAGGUGCCUUAACCAAAAAACCACCCUGAAUGUUUUACCAAUUUUGUAAAAUUUCAGGUAACAUAAAAAAGUAAGGAAAUUAAGCCUGAUUUAUCAGUGAAACUCUGAAUACCCACAUACAUUUUGAAGUUUCAAUGUUUAUGUUUUCUUGUUUAUGAGUAUUUGAUAUUGGUUGCUGUAGAUUGGCUCCGUUUUUUCCCUUUGCUUGUCUCUUGCACAUGUGAAAAGUUUGUCUGAUUUGGAGAUUGUCAAUGUCUUACUGUUUAUUUAUUACAUCAGCUAGUAAUUAACUGAUGUUGAAAAGUAUGAUAGGGUUGCAUUAGCUGGACUCGUAUUAAUUUGCUGUGUAUAAUUUUGUAAUCUAAGAAGUAAACUUCAACUAUUUUAAACAAACAUCAGAAACUUUACCCAAAUUAUCACCUUAGCUUUAGCAAUUGCGUAUGCCUCUUUGCUCAAAGACAGGUACCAGAUACUAAAGUGCUUAUGUGAUUUACUUUAUUUUAAAAUUCAAUCAAUUUUGAAUAAUUUAUUAUGUGCAUUUAACAUUUCUCUUAUCUAUAUUUUUGUCUGGGUGACUUUUGCCUGCCUAUCUAGUAUUCGUUUCAAAUUUGGGAAAGAUGCAAUGUCUAAACUGUAUUUUGAUAGCGCUAUUCCUCAUCACAUAGAUGAAGAAUUAUCAUUUUAUAAUAACAAAGCUUAUACAUACUAGCAAGAAACUAAUGAGGACUGAUAGUAAUCAAAUUCUAAAUGUUUGUUGAGAACAUUUUAUUUGUAAAUUAAUGUAUGAUUUAUCUGUUUUUAUGUGUACAAGAUAAUUAGAAUUUUCAUUUCUCCUUUUUAAAACUAUUUUGUUUCUUUUGAACCACCAUUGCUUAGCUCAUUCAACCCCUAAACAAAAUUCUGAACAUCUCUUUAAACUGUGUAAAUCUUAAAUUUUGAAUCUCUGGAAGUGACUGAAAGCCACCCUUUGUAAAUUUGUUAACAAUUAUUAUGUUAUCUUUUCCAUCUACAACUUGCUCUGUUUGCAAACAACAUUGAAGUGUGCAAUGUUUUGGGAUCCAAUUCAUUUUGACUCAUUAAUGCAAUCAAGUAUAAUUUCUCAGAAGACUGUUUAAAAAUAGUGCAACGCACGCAACACCCAGCUCUCACUGAGCUUGGUAUAACCAAUACAUAUUGGUCAAAUGUCAAGUUUUAUCAGUAAAAAUGAACUGUGCUUUGAAAAAUUGUGUUUGUUCAGCUGUACUGUACAUAUCUCCUUUGUGCGCAGCGGUUGUCACAUUGAUAUUUAUAAACUUCCAUUCUCCAAUGUGCCACUUUGUUUUAAAAAUUCAGCAUUUUCAUUUAUUUUUUUUCUACAGCUGUGAUUUGGCUAUGUGUAUCCAAGCACCAAACUUUGUUAUGUUUUCUGAGUUUUAUAUUAAAAUGUACAGUUUGAAAGGAUAUUUAAA